AUGGCCCUCCCCUUCAGCGAACAAAGAGACAUCAAACCCUUCCUCGAGUCAGGCCUCAUCUGGCAAAACCGCAUCCCCGACGGCUGGGUCGGCACCAAGUUCCUAGGCAAAGGCGGCUUCGGCGUCACAGGACUAUGGGAAUACAAAGGCGACCCGGCAAAAGCGCCGGCCAUCACCAAAGUCGUCAUCAAGAUGACCGAACUCCUCUCCGAGGACUACCAAGGGACCAGCGUGGAUACCCGCCCGCGCAAAGAUCGAUUGUUCGAGGGACGGAUUCUGGAAAGACUGAGUCAGCGCCGUAAUGGACAUGUCGUGCGGAGUUUUGGGGGGAAUCGUACUGGUGAUCGGUUUGGGGAUAUGAGGGAGGUGGUGAAGAUUUUUAUGGAGUUUUGUCCCGGGGGGGAUGUGGAUGUUUUUUUGCCGAAGAGUUAUCCGGUUAAGGGGGAGGUGGGUGGGAUGGGGCUGGAGGAGGUGGAUCUUUGGGCGCUGUUUUGUUGUAUGGCGGAGGGGGUGGGGGUUAUUGCUGAGAUGAUGGAUAGGACGACGGGGUAUGCGGGGUUCUUGAGGAAGAGGGAGUUGGUGCAUAUGGAUUUGAAACCGGAUAAUGGUAUGUUUGUUUUCAUCAGCUUUGAAUGGUUGGGGGGUGAGGGGACGAGGGUGAGAGGGAUUCGUGCUAAUGAGUGGUGGUGUUGUAGUUUUCUUUGGGUAUAGGAAUAAGGAUCAUCAGAGGUUGCCGAUUGCUAAAGUAGGUUCUUGUUGCUUGGAUUGUGUCUUGGUGGUGUGUCUGUUGCUGAUAUAUUUGCGUCCUUAGCUAGCGGACUUCGGUGAAGCGAUGGAUGUUAGAGAGGUUAGCAGACAGGACGAUGCGUAUGGAGGUCGUACAUUUCAAAGGGGAUUCGAUAGUUUCAGACCACCAGUACGUUGCAUUCUUAAAUUCCACUUUUUCAAAGGAAACCCCAAAACACGAUAUUGCCUCAUCCCCCUUCAUUCUCAACGACGGGGAUCCUAGAAAACCCAUGCGAAGAUUAAAUUAAUCAAUCCCACAGGAAGAAGUCUACCGCUAUCGCUGGUCGUCCUGGGAUGCAACCAAGUACCCCAUCAAACCCCGCAAAGGAAACUGCAGCAACGUCUGGCAAAUCGGCGCCAUCAUGAACUCCCUCAUCACCCGCCGUCGUCUAAACUUCAACCCCGCCAACGCUAAAGAAAUGGCCAUGUUCUACCCGGACGACCGCCUGCUCUCCCGCCGUCCCCUCUGCUCCGAUGUCCUGAAGACGAAUCAUAAUUCCAGUCAGUGCUUGGAACCAGAAUACACUUCCGCGACCGCGAGCGCGAGUGCCAGCGCCAGCGUAAACCGACCCACAGCCUCACAACGCAAACGCAAGCGUACUCUAACGCUAACUCGACAUCAUCCGGAAGAGCAAGAGCAAAAAGACGAAGGCAUCCCCAUCGCCGGAAAAAAGUACUCCAACAGCCUCCUAAACCUCACACAAGAAUGUCUCCUCCGCGAGCCUCUUCUCCGACCCUCCUACAAAUCCCUUUUGAAACGCGCCAAACUCGGCUACGAGAACGCAAAGAAGAGUGUUGAUCCCAAGAACUUCUCUACCGCGAAAGAUCAGACGCUCCCCCCGCCGUCGUUUGACCUUGCUACGAUUCCUUUUGAGGAACCGUUUGCGAAUGAGCCGCCGAGUGAGUUUUUGUUUGGUGCGAUGGAGAGGGAGAGGGGAAGGGAGAGGGGAGAGGGGUUUAGGAGGGUGGUUAGGGUGGGGAGGGAGGAGGAGGGGAGGAAGAGGAAGAGGGAGGGGGAAAGUGGGGAANGACGGCGCCGGGGAGUAGCACGGCUGUUGAGGAGGAAGGGGAGGGUGCGGGUCCGCCCAUGCCGAUUCUGAGGGGUGGGACGUGGGGGGGUUUGUGGAAGUAGGGGAGGGGGAGGUGGUUUGUAUAUUUCGUCUUGUAUAACCCUUUUUGGGGGGUUUUGGUUGUAUAUGGCAUAUUGGAUGGAGUCGGUAGUUGGAGCGUUAACGGAAAGAGUCGUUGGUUUGACAGUAAGAAGAUACAAUGAUAAAGAUAGAGAUGCCGAGUUCUUCUAA